GGCCCCCGCGAUUCCCUUGCGCCGUGUUUUGAAUCCGACUUUCGUGUAUGUUGCCUUUGGUCACUUUUUCACCUCAGAUUUGCUGGUCUUCCUCUGGCGCUGGGAUGAACAAGUGAGGUCAAAAGGGCGCUUCAACAACCGGUGUUGAACGGAAGUGAAAGUGAUCGUGACCCGCACUAUGUCACCUGUCACCGUCCCACUCGGCUGCCCGCCCCGCCGUGGCCCCUUCCCCCCCGCGGGUUUUGAUUCCGACUUUCGCGUCUGUUCUUUUGCUCACUUUUUCGUCUCAGGUUUGCUGGUUAAUCUCCGGUUCUGGGACGAACAAGUGAGGUAAAUAAGGCGUUUCAAUCUGUGUUGAACGGGAGUGAAGCGAUCACCGUGUGGCCGUGUGGCUGAUUUGUCGCUGUUCUAGCAGACAGUGCGCCGGCUCGCCCCGCUGCGCGCCCCGCGCCCCGCCUCCGCGGCAGGUGUUAUUUUGACCCUUUUGACUGGAGGUAGAAGCCGUUUGAUGCCUGGUGCUGCCCGGCUCGCCUGGCGCGGAUGCGAUAUAUGGUGAGCGAUAUAACCGGGCUGCCUGACCCGUCGUCUUCGCCAGGAGGGUGAUUCCGUACGGCGUUUUGUUCUCUCCGUCCUUGUUGCACUCCGCUGCCUCCAGGAGGGAGAGGGCACGACUAAACACCGUGCGGGAUCGCCCUGAGUUCUGUGGGCCUCGCUUGGCAUUCAAACGUCUUCUACUUCGAGCCUAUUUGGUCGGCAUCGAUGUGUCGGUGUCCCUAGCUAGCGCCCACGUCGGCUGCUGUUUGGACGCGCCCGCGUGCGCCCGCGUGCGCCCGCCUAGAGCUCGCGCAGGGAAUGACCUCUGUGCCCCGGUGCCCCGCGCAGUCUGAUAAUGCUACGCCCAAAGCAUUCUUUCGCGAAACUCGUGGUCCGCGCCCAGCCCCUUCGGUUUGUGUGUCCCCUCGUGUGCAUCGCCAGCAAGAGAAGCCCACGACAUGUCCUCCGGCUCGACUUCCACCGCAUCCACCUGGGCGAGCGCUGAGGCGGCGGCGUUCGCAGCUGCUGCCGCCAAAGCGAGCGAUGGCGCUGGACGUGCUGGGCUAGAGGCCGCUGCCCGCCCCGCUGCGGUGAUGCCGGCCUGAGCCCCGCGGACCCUCGGCCAUGGGGCUGCCCUGCGGCCUGCCCGGCGGGCUGGCCCUGCCCCUGCCGCUGCUCCUGCUGUCGCUGCUGCUCCGCGCGCCGCCCGCCAGCGCCGCCAACGCCAACUGGAUGUACCUGGGCCUGGUCGGGGUGCCGCCGCCGCUGCAGCAGGCCGCCCCCCAGGGCUCGGGCGAGGGCGAGGGCGCCGACGGCCUGGUGAUGGAGGACCCGGAGCUGGCCGAGGCGCGCGCCGUGUGCGGCUCGCUGCCGGGCCUUAUCGGCGCGCAGACCAACGUGUGCAUGGAGCACCCCUCGGCCAUCCGACCCAUCGCUGAGGGCGCGCGCCGAGGCAUCCAGGAGUGCCAGUUCCAGUUCAGGCACGAGCGCUGGAACUGCUCGACCAACGAGCGCGAGCAGAGCGUGUUCGGCUACAUUUUGGAGCGAGGCAGCAAGGAGACGGCCUUCAUCUACGCGGUGACGAGCGCGGGCGUGGCGCACGCCAUUACCCAGGCGUGCUCCGGCGGCGAGCUCACCGACUGCGGCUGCGACCCGGGCCGCGCGGACCAGCGCACCACGCCGCAGGGCUGGAAGUGGGGCGGCUGCAGUGACAAUCUGGAGUACGGGCUGCAGUUUUCCCGCAAGUUCGUGGACGCCCCGGAGCGCGGCCGGCACAACAGCGUGGAGUCCAAGGAGCCCCUGAAGGACCCCAAGGCCCGCAAGACGUACGCGGUCCGCGCCAGGAUGAACCUGCACAACAACGAGGCCGGCAGACAGGUGGUGAGCUCGCUGCUGCGGAUGCACUGCCGCUGCCACGGGGUGUCCGGCUCGUGCGAGCUCAAGACGUGCUGGCGGACGCUGCCCGCCUUCAGCGAGGUGGGCGACCUCCUCAAGAGGAAGUACCGCCAGGCCGUGCAGAUCACCAGUCCCCGCGGCCGCCGGCGCAUGCGGCGGAAGAGCAAGAGCCCGCGCUCGGGCGGCAACCAGAGCAACAGGGGCGGGCGCAACAAGUGGAAGCGGUCGCUGUCCAAGGGCGACCUGGUGCACAUCCACAAGAGCCCCGACUACUGCGUGACCGACCCGACCAGGGGCAUCGCGGGCACGAGCGGGCGCGCCUGCAACAAGACGGGCUCGGGCGCGCAGAGCUGCGACCUGCUGUGCUGCGGCCGCGGCUACAACACCCAGGUUGUGAAACACGUGGAGCGAUGCCACUGCAAGUUCGUCUGGUGCUGCUACGUGACGUGCAAGACGUGCGAGACGGUGAUGGACAGGCACACCUGCAAGUGAUUCGGAACAGAGCACCUUUGCCAAACCGAAGAGAGGAGCAACAGAUUUUGUUGCGUGCGAAAAUUUGAUGGAUAUUUGAAGAAAUUCCCCAUGAAAUUGGCGUGCCUCGCUGAACGUCCGCGACAGACGGUGCAGGUCCGGCCGGUGUACCAAAUAUACAAAGAAUCUGUUCGGAAAGUGAGUGAGGGAAACAGAUUUCACGAGUUGAAAUCAAAAGUCAUUCCACAGUGCGGCGUGUGACCGCAUAUGUGUCUAUUGUAAAUAGGUUUCAUGAAAUUUAAAUCAUUUGUUACGUGAUAACGGUGUACUGUGACGUGACGAUUCUGUUGCUUUUGUUUUGUUACGCUUCAAGUAAGAGACGUACUUAAUUUCCUGUCGGAAAACAGAGAGCCAAUCGGCCGACUACCGCCACUGGUAGAUACAUCGUCCAUAAUGCGGUCAGUUUCUAUUCUUGUCACUUAUUUCUUCGACUGUUACUAUUUUAGCGAAACGCUACCCUAAAAAACUUCUCUUGUGUAUUUUUUGUACUUUGCCUGUGAAAUGUCUGUUUUUUUAAGUCAUUUGUCCUCCGCCGACGAUGUAUUUGGACACAUUUCCUUACAAUCUCAAACUGCAGCUUAUUAUAAAAUACAUUUUAACAGCAAUAUGACUUUUUAAAAAGUGUAACAAUUAUACGGUGAUGUAUGUGCAUUUUUGUGGUGCCCAUAUGAUUUUUGUCUUGGUUUACCCGACGGAAGGAUUUGAGACUUCACCGCCUAUGUCAAAAUGGUCUCCCAUUUUAACACUUUCCUGACCCAUCUUGAUGAAAUUUUGACCGAGACGUGUCUUAACCAGUUAUAUUGAGUCAAGUUGACAUCAUGGUGGGUAAGAAAUGCGUCAAAAUGUGGGACCAUCACUGUGAAACCAAAGUUAGGACUUAGUGCCUUUUAAAGGUUCUAAAUUUUAUUGCCUUUAUAAAGGCAUGAAUUUAUGCUUAAAUUUAAGGUUUCCAAAGGCACUAAAAUUUAGCAGCUUUGGGGCAUUUUAGUGCCUUCUCUGGUGUGACAUGGACAGUUCCGACUCAAAUUCUUCGAUGAGACGUCGAGUCGUUUUUUGUAUACUUGUUACUCAAACAUUAGUUUGCCACUUUGGUGUAUUUGUAGAGAUGUGUAACUGAGCGAUAACGUAACCAACUAUAGAGUCGUACUUUUUGAGUCAAAAACCAAAUGCUUACAUUGGGAAGCCCGCCGUUUGUAUAGUUUAGAAUUAGUGUUCCAUGUCAAUUUCAAAAAACUCAUUGUAGUUUAGUCGUAAAACAGCGUUCAAAAAUGUUGUCUGAAAAUUUACGCAUUUUAUAUACGUGUGCGGUGCAGACUGGCCGCUCCUAUUCAUAUCUGCUGUCUGCUGAUGCCGUGCCAGCUAUGUUCCUGUAAAGUUGACGACACGGCCGUGAAUAAUGGCAAGUAACAAUUAAUUUAUUACAUCGAUCGUCAGAAUUGCGCUUGCUGUCUUUCUUCCGCUGCGAUGGAGAGUGCCUCCAUAUUGUAAAUAGUACUGGCUCGCCGCCCCUGUAGAAAGGCUCUAAUGUAUUAUGUAGAUUCAUACAAUGUACAAAAUGAAAGUAAUUUAUAUCAAACUCUUUAUACUGUCCUAGUGAGUAGCCAAAAAAUAAAUCAUGUCCAAAGCACA